AUGGCUUCAACAUUAUCAUCAACAGAUAUAGAUUUCGAAAAUUUUGGUCACAAAGUUUAUUUAACUGUUAGUCAAAAUAAUAAAAAUCAAAAUUUCUUUCUUUCACCAGCAAGUAUUGCUCUUGCUAUGGCUAUGUGUGCAGCUGGUGCUCAAAAUGAAACGCUAAAUCAAAUGUUACAUGUUCUUGAUGUGGCAUCAAUAGAACAGUUAGCAAAAACAGCUGAACAAAUUAUGCGUAUAUUUUCUAUUGUUGAUAACGAUACACAAGUUAAACUUAAAUUAGCUAAUCGUCUUUAUGGACAAAAGACAUAUAAACUUCAAAAAGAUUAUUUAAGUCUUGUUCAAAGUUCUUUUAAAGCUGAUAUUAAACUUGAAGAUUUUGAAAAUGAUAGUACACAUGUUGUUAAAACAAUCAAUGGAUGGGUUGAAGAACAAACAAAUAGUUUAAUUAAAAAUUUACUCACGCCAAAUGAUGUAAAACGUGAUACACGAUUGAUUAUUGUGAAUUGUGUUUAUUUUAAGGGUACAUGGAUGAAACAAUUCAAAGAACAUUUAACCAAUCAAAAUGCUGACUUUCAUGAAGCUAAUGAACGAGGUAUUCCAUUAGAUAGAGUUGAACAGAAAUUAGCAUCAAAACCAGAUUUAAUGAAAAGAGUGUUAAAUGAUGAAGGUAUAACAAGAAAAGAACUUCUUUUAUACUUGCCAAAAUUUAAAAUGGAAGCUAAAUUUGAAUUAAAUGAUGUUCUUAUACAACUUGGAAUGAUAAAUGCAUUUGAUGGAAGCAAAGCAGAUUUUACUGGUAUGGUUAGUGAACAAGAUGAUAGAAGUGGUUUAUAUAUUAGCAGGGUUAUUCAUAAAGCAUUUAUCGAUGUGAAUGAACUUGGUUCAGAAGCAGCAGCAGCUACAGCUGUUAUCAUGGAUCGUUGUUGUGCACCCAGACGGCAAGAAAAACAGCCUAUUGAAUUCAAAGCUGAUCGACCAUUUUUAUUUUUCAUCCGUGAAAGUCGACAAAAUAUUCUUUUAUUCAGUGGCAAGUUUGCUUCACCACCAACAGCUUCAUAA